AUGGCUUCUCUGAUGGGAGUUUUGCGCCCUAUCAUGGGCCCAGGGAGAGCUCUAUACAGACAGCUUUCCACGCUCUCCAAUAAUCCUCACAUCUAUGCAUUCCCUAAUUCAACAGGCACAAGCCAUACGUUAUCUCUCCUACCAACCUCUCCACCAACUCCUGCCCUCGCAAUUGGAACAACGACUACUUCUGCCCUCCCUCCAACGCCAAACACUUUCUCCCCUAACCCGGAAUUCAUCUCUAUCCUAGAUUCUGUACUGGCAGAACAUGCCUGCCAGGACCCAGACACCGUAUCCGCUGCACAUGUAAUGGCAUCAACGUCAGGCGCGAAUCUCUUCUCGCGCAUGCAUGGCAAGGUGGAGGGAGCAGAGUCGGCUGGCAGAGGUGGAUUCAUUCACAUCGCUGACUCUAGAGAGCCGCCAGAGUAUGGCCGGAUACCUUCGCCUGAGGAUAUAUUUGGUUCUAUCGAGGUUGAUGGACAGGGGAAUAUUGAAGGGAAAGGAAACUACCAGGGUAGCGGAACAUAUCGCAUUGUUACGAGAAACGGAAUCCUAGGUCUAAGUCCGUUCCUCAGGGAAAAAUUGGUCGAGAGGUUGAAGGCCGAAGAGGAGAAGAUACGACGUUAA